CAGGACGAGCAGCCCUCUGGAGCUGUGUUGAUAUUGGCAGUUCAGACCUUUCACAGUAGGUUAUGGCUACAGCCUUCGUGAAGACAAGAAGAAGAGAGAACAGCGCGAAUUACUUGAAAGAGACUGUGUUAAUAUGCACGGAGCGUUAAAGUGAAAUGUUUUUCACGCACUGAAUGAGCUGAGCUCCAAAUCAGGUUGAACCUGUCACAAUGUCUCAUGCACAAGUUGAGAUACCAGGACGCGGGUUCCCGGGGCUCUCUGUGGAUAUGACCGACGACUGCUUGUCCCGGGUCCCAUCCGUGCUGAGGACGCACGGGUUGGGCGCACGAAGGAACUCUUACGGCCUGCAGAAAAUUAGCAUGGACAUUGAUUCUCCCCUGUACAGCGGUGCACUUUCCAAAGCCUUAUCCUGGUCGGCUGAAAAUAUUCUCUCUCUGUCCGAGUCCAGAGCAGAGGACGAAAAAACUGAUGACACUCCGCCGUCCGCGUCCCCGGUUUCCAGCUCCAACACGCUUCCGUGCUGCCAGGAUCCCGAUGGGAACUGGAAGCCCGUUACCAGAUCCAGCCCUCAAGAUGCCAGCUCGGACUCUGAAAAUGAACUUCAUAAUAAACAACAAAAGAUCCUGUCUCGCAUUACGUUUGACACCCAGUGGGAGCAGGAUGAGAAGGAGGACGUGGAGACUAAAGCCGUGGCAACGUCUCCUGAUGGAAGAUAUCUCAAAUUCAACAUUGAGAUUGGAAGAGGAUCUUUCAAGACCGUCUAUAAAGGGCUGGACACAGAGACUACAGUGGAGGUGGCAUGGUGUGAGCUACAGACCCGUAAGUUGACCAAGGCAGAGCGGCAGCGUUUCAGCGAGGAGGUGGAGAUGCUGAAAGGCCUGCAGCAUCCGAACAUUGUGCGCUUCCACGACUCCUGGAAGUCGACGGUGAAGGGCCACAAGUGCAUCAUCCUGGUGACCGAACUCAUGACGUCAGGCACGCUCAAGACGUACUUGAAGAGGUUCAAAGAGAUGAAGUUGAAGCUGCUGCAGCGCUGGAGUCGUCAGAUCCUGAAAGGGCUGCACUUCCUGCAUACCCGCACUCCUCCUAUCAUCCACCGGGAUCUCAAGUGUGAUAAUAUCUUCAUCACUGGCCCCACAGGCUCUGUCAAGAUAGGAGAUCUGGGGCUGGCCACUCUCAAAAGUGCCUCUUUUGCUAAAAGUGUCAUUGGAACACCUGAGUUUAUGGCCCCAGAGAUGUACGAGGAGAAGUACGACGAAGCGGUGGACGUCUAUGCUUUUGGAAUGUGCAUCCUGGAGAUGGCCACAUCUGAGUACCCAUACUCUGAGUGCCAAAACGCUGCCCAGAUCUACCGCAAAGUCACCAGCGGCAUUAAACCUGACAGUUUCUACAAGGUCAAAGUGCCAGAACUCAAGGAGAUCAUCGAGGGCUGCAUUCGCAUGAACAAAGACGAGAGGUACACCAUUCAGGACCUUCUGGAUCACCCCUUCUUCCAGGAGAACAAUGGCGUGCACGUGGAGCUGGCAGAGGAGGACGACAUGGUGAAGUCGGGCCUGAAGCUGUGGCUGCGGAUGGACGACACCAAGAAGCUCCACGGGAAGUACAAGGACAACAACGCCAUUGAGUUCCUCUUCGAGCUCUACAAAGACGUGCCGGAGGAGGUGGCCCAGGAGAUGGUUGUGCUUGGCUUUGUGUGUGAAGCAGACUUCAAACUGGUAGCAAAGGCCAUACGGGACAGAGUGACGGCCAUCAAGCGUCAGAGAGAGAAACUGAAGCGGCAGGCGGAGGAGAGGAAGAAAAAGCAGAUGCAAGAAGCCAUAGAGGAAGAACCUGAGCACCAGCCGCCUUCGCCCAGAGUCAACGAUGUUGGUGCAGCAGAUUCCCCUGUCCCACCUCUGACACCGCUGGCCCCGGUCUUGUCCCCCGUCACCAGCUCUGUGGACUCUGGCGUCAGCACCCACUACCCUGUAGAGCCAGAGGAGCCCGAGGCUGACCAGCACUUUCACGUCCGCCACAACAGCCUGUCUUCUGCUAACUCUGACUGCGAGACAGACGGCUAUCUGAGCUCCUCUGGGCUUCAGGAUCCACUGGAGACCGGCAGCACCAGCAUGCCUGCGACCUCUCCCGCCACGCAUCCCAGCACCCCCGCCGUAAACGGGCUCUCCCUCCGCUUCCCCUCGAGUAUUGCUGUCUCCAACAACAUCAACUCAAGGCCCACGAGUGGCUUCAACUCCCCUGUGGACAGCUACGCCUCUGAUGUGACUUCAAGCCUGAGCGACGGCUACGAGGGCCUAUCGGAGAAGAGCGAGAAAACGGCCGCGAGACGAACGGCUGCGAAACUGUUCAGGAGGAGGGCGCGCUCAAGGCUUCGCAUCAUCGGGCUCUCUGAUAAAGUGGACCGGGUGGUGGAGUGUCAGCUGCAGACGCACAAUGACAAGAUGGUGACCUUCAAGUUCGAUCUGGAUGGAGAUAACCCAGAAGACAUCUCUGCUGUCAUGGUGCACAACGAGUUCAUUUUGCCAUCGGAGAAGGAGGGCUUUAUCUACCGCUUGGGUGACAUCAUCAAACGGGCCGAGGCGCUCUUUGCCAAACAACAGCCGGUCCACUCCAGCGGCCACCGGCUCGCCCAGCCUGCGCUGCACGGAGGGAUUAACUCGCUGUCGUCCUCACAGCCUGACCUGCACAAUCACACCCUGCCUCGAACACACUCGUCCUCUUCACUGCCUGACUGCAGUGUGGCUAAACCGAGUGUAGGGGUACGUGGCUCUCCCCCACGUCCCAAUGGAGAGGUCUCCAGUGCAGACAUUACUUCACCUGUGCGACCUCUAAUACGCUCACAGUCUUUCCACAACGCCCCAGGUUCUCCUCUUCAUAAUCAGCACCACCACCGCCCUACAUCUCUCCACCCUAAUCACCAGCAAUACCACUUGCCCUUUAUGAGCCACACUCACUUCCCAUUCCCAUAUCCAGGGUCUCCGGGUUCCCCCAAGCCAGCCGGGAUCCAUCCUCCCCUCACACGUGUAGCCAGUAAUCCCACCUUCCCUUCUGUUCCAUCCCCAACCCCCAGUUCCCCAAGUCCUCUGAGUGAGACUUCAAGUCCUGUCAACACUGAAUUUGUUAACAUAUCCCCUCCUGCCCUUCAAACUCCCACCAUGUGGCCCCCCCACUCGCAGCCCCUAUUUUCCUUAGCUAAUGUAAUCUCCAUGGCAAUGAGCAUGGCUCAGUCUUUUAUCCCUCCUGCAGGCCUUCCCACUCAAGGGAUACCCUCCUAUCCAGGCUUUCUCCCCCAUCUAUCCAGUCAUAUGGCUCCACAGCCAGGUUACCACUCUGUCUACCCUCAACCUUACCAGACUGCACCAGCAGAGGCCCCUUACCCUGCAGGGAGCAUCCCACUGCAGAACAGUGUCUACCACAGCCCCGAGCACACGCUUCAAAUGAAUGGAUCCAAUUAUCCUCAGAGCAGUCCUCUACAGUGGCCCCAUCCUGCCACUCCACCGUCCAUGCCUUCAACCCCUCCUCCACCUGCUCCUGCGCAACAGGUUGGACUCACCAGUUUCCCCAACCCGACCCAGGAGAAGAGUCACGUGGCCCCAAACUCACCCCAGGCCCCGGCUCCGGCUCCAGCUCAGGCUAAAUCCAGACCAGAGCUUUCCAGUUCAAACUCAAACUCAAGUUCAAGCUCAUCAGAUCUUUCACCCUCGCCCCCAGAGAGCCCAGAAAACACUUUAUCAUCCUUCAACAGCCAGCUGCACCCUGCUGCACCACACAAGAAUACAAGCACCCCAAAACCAAAAGCUUCUUCCCCUAAAUCUGAUGUUCAGUCUGCAUCUGUGACUGUUGGACGAUUCCAGGUGACUCCCAGCACAGACAUCCCUUUGCCUGCAGCGCCAAAGCCUGCAGAGAGCAGCAGCACCCAGUCAGAAAGCAGCACAGAGGAGCAGGGUGAGUCUGAGGUGAGCCUGGGCACCUCCCUCACCAUAUCCCCUCCUCACCCACAAUCCCACACAGGGUCGUUGGGGGUCCUCCAGGAGGCCGAUGGGCAGGCGGGAUGGACUGUGAGCCAAGAGCAGCAGAAGCAGGAAGAGGAAGAGGACGAUGAAGAUGAGGAAGAGGUUGUUGGGGAACAGCCAAGGGGGAGGAGGAGGAGCCGUCGAAGGGCGUACAGCCUCAGCCUGCUGGGAACGUCUGCGGACAGCGGGCUCUCGGUGACGGCUGCUGAUACAGAGGGGAGACUGUGGGACGGAGCGGCGGAAAGCCCACAGUACAGCAAUGCCCUUCACAAUUUAUGGAUGAUGACUUAUAACCGCAGCGCUCCCUACAUAAGCAGUGACGACUCGGACAGUGAAGACGAAGACAUGCUGGAGGAGCUUCAGGAACUCAGAGAGAAACAUCUGGCAGAGGUUCAGGCCCUGCAGGCUGCCCAGAAAAGAGAGAUUGAGGAACUAUAUGAGAAGAUGGGGAAGGUCCCCCCGCCGGGCAUCGUCUCUCCUGCUGCUAUGCUGUCCAGCCGACAGCGCCGCCUGUCCAAGGGAAACGGUUUUCCCUCAUCUCGCAGGAACAGCCUGCAGCGACUGGAGAUGUUGCCACUUCAAGGUAUCAUUAGGAGAAACUCUCUCGGCGGCAGCAGCAGCGGCUCGCAGGAUAAACCAUGCAAAGGCGUCACCUUUGCCACAGACCUAAGUAGAAUGUAACAAACUCUCAGCCAAGCUGUUAUCUGGACUACCUCAUCCGAAGUGUGACUGCAGUGGUCAAAUCUGUCCCGUAGGAGGAUCACUUUAAUCCUGGCACCUAUCAGCAAACUGCUCCCCCUCUGCCAGUGGGCACUUACCUCAAAUGUACAGUAACGGUCCCAGUGGGGCUGGAUUUACACAGGAACUGUAACAUCCAGAUUUCGGCCCGUCAUCGCGUCCUGGUGAACUUGUUGCAGCUGAAGCACAGAACAGCAGCCAAGUGACUCGUUCAUGUCUGCUCCUUGUAGAUAAACUGCCAGAUCCCGACGGUUCAGACAUAACCUUCAUUCCAGGCUGCCGCAGUGCUCUGCACAAUGUCACAUCAUGACUUUUUUUUUUUUUUUUGCCUGAACGCAGUCAAGCGAUGGUACGCGGUUGCUGCAGCUGCAGAGUUGCUACACUUUACCACGAUUUUGACGCAGAACGACAACAGUUGCCGUUUUCCUGCUUGUCUGGCUCACUGCUGUUAAUCCAGUCUGAGCACAGAAAUGUGAACCACAGUGAGGCAGACACACACUGACAGCUGUCGCACACCUUGCUGUAGUUUGGUAAAGAUGUCUCAGCAGCUGCACAGUGAACAGACGCUCGUUCAGUAGAACUGUGAUCACUGCCUUCCAGGGGCUUCAUUCAGAUAUGUGUUGUAGUCUUUAUCUGGUUUCUUUAGUCAUUUGGACACUUAUAUUUUCUAUAGACUCAGCCUGGAGAUGUUUGACUGCAAUCCCUGAUAUUUUCAGAUGUAGUGAAGAUGUUUUUCCCUCCAUUACGGCUCUGCAAUAAGAUAUUUCUCAACAACAAAUGUCACACGAUUCUUCAGCAGAAGGCAAAUCUGGUUUAAAACACAUUUAAAUGGUCAGAAGUUCAGUUAACUGGUGCACAAGUGUACAAUUGUUAUACAUCACUUUUCAAAUUCAGUAGCUGGUUUAAAAAAAAUGGGGUUAAGUAUGGAUAGAAACCCACCUAGACUUUAUACUACUGGCUUUCCUGUUGACUGUAUAUGUGUAUAUAAUAGAAUUCAUGUUUACAAGUUAUGAGCAAACUAAAGAUUAAUCCUUUCUCAAGCAAAAAUCAGAGUUGUUGCUUGUUCCAUAGAUCGAGCUCCUUGUGCACUUUAGUAAAUCCACUUGUAGUUCUCAGUCAUUUAACACAGUUGUGUUUAAAACCGUUCAUUUAAGGGAGAGCUGAGAGGUUUGCCUGUGAGUUUUUUUAAUUUGUCGAUAAGGGAGGUCGAGGAUAUUCUCCAGUUUCAUGUUUGAUCACAGUAGUGAUGAUCUAUUUCCCCACACUUUUAAAAAAAAAUGUAUUUUUGUGGGGUGUAGAGAAAUCAGUCAAAGCUGUGAAUCUGUAGCUGUUGCCUUAAAAUAUUCCCACCACACACUGAAUUUCUUGCCAGUUAAACUCUUAAAUCUUAAUAUAUUCAAAAUAAAAAAAAGGUUUCUCUUCCAAAAUUAUUUGAAUGUAAAUAUAUAAUUGUAUUGCUUCCUGAAGCUGCUGUCCUGCCAUGCUGAAUCUGUGCCUUUCCCUAACAAUGUCUUAUUUUACUCAUGAGAUUUGGUGGCUAGAUCAAACUCCAUAUAUCACAUUUUGAUUAAAAUAAA